AUGUCGGAUCUUGAAACCAAGUCCGAGCCACGGAUCGAGGCAGGGCCUUCUUCACUCGACAGUGAGGCUCUCCCUGUCACCCACGAGUAUAUCAAGCCAAAAUGGUACCGCAGCACCUAUUACAAUGCUUUCAUCCUCGGUAUCUGCAACUUUCUCGCGCCGGGAAUCUGGGGGGCGAUGAACUCGCUCGGUGCCGGUGGAGAACAGGAACCUUACCUGGUCAAUGCUGCCAAUUCGCUCACGUUCGGGCUCAUGGUCGUCUCCUGCUUCUUUUCGCCCCUCCUCGUCAAAGCCGUAGGCAUCAAAUGGACUUUGAUUUUCGGCACUAUGGGAUACGCUCCCUAUGCCGCGGGCUUGUACUCCAACAAUCGGUACGACGCCGAAUGGGCCGUCUUGCUUGGAGCAGGAUUAUGUGGUAUAUCGGCAGGAAUCUUCUGGAUGGCUGAGGCCGCCAUUGCACUCUCCUAUCCAGAGCCUGAGAACCAGGGUCGCUUCCUGGGAUUCUGGCUCAGCUUUCGUAUCGGUGGACAGAUCCUUGGAGGCGCGAUCAACCUUGGCAUCAACUCGAACAAGAACGAAGCUGGCAAGGUCUCCUACAAAGUUUUCCUGGCGUUCAUUGCUCUGCAAGCACUCGCACCCUUAGCCGGCCUGCUCCUCAACAAGCCCGACCAAGUCCAGCGGACCGACGGUGUCAAGGUCAAACUCGCCAUCACCGGAAGCGCGUCCUACGAGCUGAAAGCCAACGCCAAGCUCUUCGUCACCCCGAACUUCCUGCUGCUCGUCCCGCUCAUCGCCCAGGCCGUCUACGCCGAGGCCGUCUUCUUCACCUUCGCUUCCCUCUGGUUCACCGUGCGGGUCCGAGCCUUGGGCUCUUUCCUGUCCGGCAUCGUCGCCCUGGUCGGCGGUAACGUGCUCGGCGCCUGGCUGGACGGGAAGAAGCUAAGUCUGAAGACGAGGACGCGAGGCGCGUUCUUUACCAUUCUCGGGCUGCAGGGCGUGUGGUGGGUGUGGGCGACCAUCCUGGUGACGGAUUUCCGCGAGAGCCGCCCGACGUAUGACUGGCUCGAUGCCGGCUUUGCGAAGGGGUUUGCCCUGUUCCUGUUCUGGGUGAUGGGCUUCCAGUUGAAUUACAUGUACCUCUACUUUGUUGUUGGCGAGCUGGUGAACACGGAUGCGGAUGUGAUUCGUAUCGCUGGGCUCUUGCGAGCAACGGAAUCGGCUGUCCAAGCUGUCAGCUACGGGUUGAACAGCAUCAAGGUCUUCGCGGAGGUCGGUGGUGUAUACGUGAACUUCGGUCUUUGGGGCGUUGCCUUGAUUCCCGGCUGGCUGGUCAUCAGACAAAUCGGCGUCACGUUAGGCGACAAGAAGCUUGAACGGGAAGGGCUCAUUCAAAGCGGGCCGGAGGGCGACGUUAUUGAAAGGCGCGAUACAGACUAG